AUGGUUGUAUUGAAUCCAAAUAACUGGCAUUGGGUAGAUAAAAAUACCUUACCAUGGACUAAAGAUUAUUUAAAUGAAAAAUUAUUAAUUUUUUCAAAGGCUACUGAUGAUAAUACUAAAUUGAUUAAAAUUGUGGAAAUAUCAAAAAUUGAAGGUGAUUCUAAUGUUUCUCAAAGAAAAGGAAAACCUAUUUGUUACUUUGAUUUACAUGUCGAUAUAUCCCUCGAAGUUUUAGGAAGGAAUGAAGAAGAUGAGGAAGAAGAGAAACAAUUAGGGAAAGGUUCUUUGGUUAUUCCUGAAUUUAUGCAUGAUGAAGACAAUUUCGAGAUUAAAUUGAAUGGGUUUACAUCCGAUUUGAAGGAAGUUAUACAAGCUACUUUCUUACCAAGUUUUACCGAGGUUUUAUUGAAUUACCAAAAUGACCUAAUUAAAUCACAUUCCAGCGACUUGCAGCAAAAAUAG